AAAGCACUAUCUCAUCUCUGCAGAGAUCUAUACGGCGGUUGCCCUCCACUCUGCCAUGUUCCAUUUUUGGGGCAAGCAGGACGUACGCUCGUUCCGCUGCGGCAGAGUGGCAGAGAAUGGUAGUGCACACCAACCGUGGGAUGCUUGCUGCUGCUGCUGCUGCUGCGUUGCGACACACUAAGCCCUGGUCGUCAAUGGUCAGUUGUGGUGAUUACCGGCACUCGAGAUUAGCUUGCUCAAGGUUGGGCGGGCUUGAGGGCUUGAGGGUUGCGGGCGGGGAGCUCUCCUUAUUUCUGUUUUGUCCUGGCCUUGUUUGAUGUUGGAGCUUCCACCUUAAGAAACCAGGAACGACGACGGCUGAGAAGCAAGAGGUAGAGGAACGUACCUUAAGAUGUAUCAUCUCAUACGUUGCUUUGGGAGCUACAGCUGGUUUGUUUCUGGGGAUUUUUAGAACGAAAGAACUACAUCUACUUGUUUUGCUUACUCUCGCUGGACGCCAAAGUCUUCCUGGUGGCUUGUUUCCUCGUCCCUCAACUUGAAAAAGCUAUCGGCAGAUCUUCAAAAACGGAAUAGAAGAAGUGACAGGAUAUACCCUAUUCGAACAGGGAGCUAUAGUAAAGAUAUCUUCAAGUUCCCUGCUUGCGUUUAUCUUCUGUUUUCCUGUUCAUUCAUACUCCGCGCAAUAUGUCUCCCAUACCUGUCAAACAGAUAGAACACCACGAUGAAUCAUGUAAACUAAAGAUCGUAAUCGUCGGCGCCGGCCUGGGCGGCCUGGGUGCUGCCAUCUCCUGCCUUCUCGCUGGCCACAACGUCACAGUUCUCGAAGCAGCCCCCCAGAUCGCCGAAGUAGGCGCCGGCAUCCAAGUGCUCCCCAAUAGCUCACGCGUCCUCACCACCUGGGGCCUAUCGGAGACGCUAUCCAAAUAUGCCACAUGGCCGCGCCAGUGCAACUUCCGUAGCUGGAAGGGUGAAAUCAUCUCAUCGCUGGACUUCCAUGAGUCCCAGUCCCAGUUCCCCGGGACCUGGUAUGGCGAUUUCCACCGCGCGUCGCUGCACAAGUGUCUCAUGGACCGGGCGGUGGAGCUGGGCGGCGUGCUGCAGUGUAAUGCUAAAGUUGUGGAUGUGGUUGUGAGUGCGGAUGGGACGGCUGCGACAGCGGUGAUGGAGGAUGGGAGGCGGGAGGAAGGGGAUUUGUUGAUCGGUGCGGACGGGGUGUUUAGUCGGCUGUCGGAGAUUUUGCUGGGGAGACCAAAUCCACCGACGAAGACGGGAGAUUUGGCGUAUCGGCUUCUCUUGUCGACGGAAGAGAUGUUGAAGGAUCCUGAGCUCAGGGGGUUUGUGGAGGAGCCGCAGGUUAAUUAUUGGUUGGGGCCAGAUGCGCAUGCUGUGAACUAUGUCCUGCGAGGAGGUGAGCUGUUCAACAUGGUUCUCCUAGUACCGGACGAUAUACCAGACGACGGCGCUGCAACAGUAGAAGGAAACGUAGAAGAAAUGUGCGCAGCGUUCAAAGGAUGGGAUCCCAGAAUCGAGAAACUCCUUAGGCUCUGCAAAUCUGUCCACAAAUGGCGCCUCUGGUACCGCCUUGGUGAACACGACUGGACCCAUCCAUCCGGCUCGUGGACUCUACUCGGAGAUGCGGUGCACGCCACUCUCCCCUAUCUCGCAUCAGGCGCCGGCAUGUCCUUCGAAGACGGCAGCAUCCUAGGAGAAUGUCUAUCCCGCCUCCCCAACACCCCCAACACAGAUAAGAAGUCCCCCGCCUUCCUCGCGCAGAAACACCAUGCACUCGCCGUGUAUGAAGCGUGUCGCAAGACGCGGACGAAGAUGGUCGUCGAGCGCGGCAACGUGCAGCAGUACCUAUACCACCUACAUGACGGGCCGGAGCAGGAGGAGCGCGAUCAGAAGAUGCGCAUGGUGCCGACGGAGGAAGGGGAGGCGCUGGCGUGGAGAGAUCCAGGGCUUGCGCCGAAGUUACUCGGGUAUCAGUGUGAGAAGGAUGUCGAAUAUCACUGGAACAUCGUAUCGGUCCCGUCGUCGAACGUGAGAAAGUCAGACACCUGAGGAGGCGCGGCUUUGAAAUGACAGAAAUUUUUCGAUGGGAUGGUUCUACGCAAAUGCGAAGAUCAGACGUGAGAUAAUAGAUGGAGAGAGAAGGAGAGAGCGAGCUGUUUAGGCCAAUAAGAGUAACGAAUUCAUAGAAUUACUGGACAGAUAUGACAUGAUGAACAGGUUUUUUUUUUUUUUUUUUUAAGUGGAACUUGAUAGUUAGUUACCUACUGUAGUUAGUUACUUGAUGCUCAUGGACAUUUCUGGGGCGUAGUGACUGACACAAGAACGGACAUGACUAGCAUGUAGCUAAGAAAUAGUACUCC